AUGGUGUCAGAAGUUCGAAGCUGGAUUAUGGAGCAACUGAAGCCUCCAGGCCAUUUAUCGAUGGAAGGAAAUCUUGCAGAAAAUUGGAAGGAGUGGAUCCAAGGCUUCGAUAUAUAUCUUACGGCUACAGGAAUCGGAGAGAAGGACGAGAAAAUACAGGUAGCUACAUUUUUGCACGUGGCCGGCAUUGAAGCACGCCGAGUGUAUAACACUUUCGGGAUCUCAGCCGACGAUGCUGAUAAGAUUGAUGUUUUGAAAACUAGAUUCAAAGAAUACUGUGAGCCACGUAAGAACUUAACAUACAUAAGACAUGUGUUUUUCACGCGGAACCAGGGUCCGGAUGAACCCAUAGACAAUUACGUGACGGAUUUGAAAACCAAAGCGCAGCCGUGUGAAUUUGGAAAUUUAUCUGACGGACUAAUCAGAGAUAGAAUAGUGUGUGGAAUCCAUGAUGAAGCGUGUCGUGCACGUUUACUCAGAGAAUCGGAUUUGACAUUGGCGAAAGCUAUCGAUGUGUGUAGGGCUCAGGAAAUAAGUACAAAACAGUUAAAGUCCCUGAAAGAACCAUCGUACAAUUCAAAGAAAAUUCACGCUGUUGGAAUACCAGACGAUGAAGACUCGUACGAGGAUACAGAACUUUUCAUUGGAACCGAGCUAACAUUAUUCCGAAACAUGUCUUUGACAAUGGAUGCGAAUACUCAAGCGAUUCUGGGAAAGAAUGCCUGCACAGAAAUUGGAUCUAUUGUGCGCGUACACUCUGUGAGCAAGAACUUGUCAAAGGAAAACCUACUGAAAUCAUAUGAAGAUGUUUUCAAGGGACUGGGUGAACUUCCUGGAAAGCACCACAUCAACAUUGACGUCACCGUUACUCCAGUCAUUCAUCCACCGAGGAAGGUCCCUGUAGCACUCCGUGAUAAAGUCAAAACGGAAUUUCAGAGAAUGGAACAGUUAGGAGUUAUCGCGAGACAAGACGAGCCCACCGAUUGGGUACACAGUCUAGUUACAGUCCGUAAACCCAACAAGAUAAGACUUUGCAUUGAUCCAAAGGACUUGAAUCGUGCAAUUAAGAGAGAGCAUUACCACUUAAAAACAGUCGACGAAGUGAUUGAAAACCUUCCGCAAGCCAAAGUGUUUUCGAAGUUCGACGCAACCCAUGGAUUUUGGCACAUUAAACUUGAUGAAUCAAGUUCAAAGCUGUUGACAUUCAAUACCCCAUUUGGUCGGUACAGAUACUUGCGUUUACCAUUUGGAGUAAGCUCUGCACCAGAAGUGUUUUCUAAACGAGUUCAAGAGAUGUUUUCGGACAUAAAGGGCGUAGAGUGCAUAGUAGACGACAUCCUAGUAUGGGGAGAGACCAUUGCUGAACACGAUUCCCGGGUACAACAGAUGCUACAAAGAUGUCGCGAAAUGAACUUUAAGUUGAACAAAAGCAAAGUGGAGUUCCGUGUACCCGAAGUGAGGUAUGUCGGACAUUUGAUUACGAACAGUGGUAUUAAGGUAGCCCUGAGAAAGUACGAGCGAUAG